GAUCUCGCAGCGCCCCAAACCAAGAGGAUGCCAGAAGAGCCCAUCAGGGACACUCCAUCGAGGAAAAGACUGAAGAUGUGCCCAGACGAGGAUCCUACGGCCAACACCCCGGCUCCAGCUCAUCAAUCUAUCAAGGACAACAGUCCCCAGAACACCAAAGCACCGCUAAACACAGCCCUUUGGAACGACACUACUCGCGAAGUCUACGAACACCUCAAAGACCGCGCGGAGAAGCUUGAAGAUGCCCCUAUCCACAGCAUGGUCGACGCCUCCUCCUCGAAGAAAGACAGCCCGAAAUCUGAUGCCCCUUCCGAGGACGGUACCCGAAGGAACAUCUACGAGACCCUCCUCGGCCGGAUUCAGUCCACAUUGAAGCAACUUCACGACCAGCAAGAGCAAGAGAAGAUGGGGCAAUCAAGUGCGGACCCUACCUCCAGU